ACCCUUUCUAAAGUCCCUGCUUUCCUUGCAGACACCGGAAAAUCCAGCUUACUACGCUUCAUCCGGUUAAAAUUAUCAAUUUAGGAGUUCUCUUCAGCACAAAUCUGCAAUUUUCAAUGUGGGCAUUCACCAUUCGGAAAUCAAAAACUUAAAAAAUCCCAGAAUUCUACAGAUAGAGAGAGAGGAGGUGGAUCCUAUUAGUGAAGGGGGCGGAAUCUAUUACUUUCUGCAAAGAGAGAAGGAAGAGGGCACCUGCUUUAUGUUCGUUGAAGAGAAGAGAUAGGGGAAGAAAUUGUAUCCAGAACGUCCCUUCAUCUCUUCUAUAUGGCAUACAAUAAUUAGGCGGUCAAAUUAGAGCUUCAAGGCGGUGCUCAAACUAGCAAAACUGCUACCGGAGUGAUUUCGGAGGAUCUGGGCUCCCAAGAGAAUGCAUUUUGGUUAUCAAUAAUUCUGAGUCCUGAUUUCCGACUCGGGUGUUAGCGCUUUUACGUAGUCGUCACUCUCAACGCCCAUAGUCGGAUUCAUAGAAGGAAAGAGAGAGGCCGCAAUUUUAGUUUAUGAUUCAUUCCUAAGUUCGUAAAUUUUAUAAUCAAAGUUCUUGAAUUCGAUGUGCAGAAAAGCAUUCUCAGAUCUUCAUUAUUAGUCCCGUUUCAAUUUGAAUCUGCUUUCUUCUUGGUAUAAUAAUUGAAACUAGAUCUUCAGUUCUAAUCGCAAUGGACAAGUCCAGUGCUCUCGAAUACAUCAACCAGAUGUUCCCAACAGAGGCAUCUUUAUCUGGUGUGGAACCCCUUAUGCAAAAAAUACACAGCGAGAUUCGCCGUGUGGAUGCAGGGAUAUUAGCAGCUGUUCGCCAACAGAGUAAUUCAGGAACCAAGGCUAAGGAAGAUCUUGCUGCAGCAACACGUGCUGUUCAGGAACUCAUGUACAAAAUCCGAGAGAUAAAAACAAAGGCAGAGCAAAGUGAGACAAUGGUUCAGGAAAUCUGCCGUGACAUUAAAAAGUUGGAUUUUGCAAAGAAGCAUAUAACAACUACAAUAACUGCUCUUCAUCGUCUAACCAUGCUAGUGUCAGCUGUUGAACAGCUCCAAGUAAUGGCUUCAAAACGACAGUAUAAGGAGGCAGCAGCACAAUUGGAGGCUGUAAACCAAUUAUGUGGUCAUUUUGAAGCUUAUAGAGAUAUUCCAAAGAUUACUGAGCUUAGGGAAAAAUUCAAGAACAUCAAGCAAAUACUCAAAUCUCAUGUAUUCUCUGAUUUCUCAAGCCUGGGUACAGGGAAAGAGACAGAAGAAGCAAACUUACUGCAGCAGCUCUCAGAUGCAUGCUUAGUAGUUGAUGCCUUGGAGCCAUCUGUUAGGGAAGAGUUGGUCAGGAAUUUUUGCAGCAGGGAGCUUACAUCAUAUCGGCAGAUCUUCGAAGGAGCAGAACUGGCAAAAUUGGAUAAGACUGAACGGAGAUAUGCAUGGAUUAAGCGUCGUCUGCGCACAAAUGAGGAGAUAUGGAAAAUCUUCCCUCCUUCAUGGCAUGUUGCAUAUUUGCUUUGCAUCCAGUUUUGUAAGUUAACAAGGGCCCAACUUGAGGAGAUCCUUGAUAAUCUUAAAGAAAAGCCAGAUGUCGGGACAUUAUUGAUGGCAUUACAAAGGACUCUUGAAUUUGAGGAGGAGUUGGCAGAGAAGUUCAGUGGAGGAACCCGGAAUAAAGAAACAGGGAGCAACACUGAGGAAAUGGAUAAGGGCGAGAAUGAGAAUCCAACUGUAUUGGAUAUUCGUAGAAAAUAUGAAAAAAAGCUUGCAGCACACCAAGGAACCGAAACUGAAGGAAAAGAUGGACAUAGAGAUCUGUCAGUGCCUGGUGCUGGGUUCAACUUCCGGGGCAUUAUUUCAUCAUGCUUUGAACCUCACAUGACAGUGUAUGUAGAAUUAGAGGAGAAAAGUCUUAUGGAGCAUAUGGAGAAACUUGUUCAGGAGGAAAGCUGGGACAUUGAGGAGGGAAGUCAGACUAAUAUUUUAUCAAGUAGCAUGCAGCUAUUUUUGGUAAUCAGGAGAUCCUUGAAGAGAUGCAGUGCUUUGACAAAGAGCCAAACCUUAUUUAAUAUGUUCAAGGUAUUUCAAAAAAUUCUAAGAACAUAUGCCACAAAGCUUUUUGGAAAAUUACCUAAGGCUGGUACAGGGAUUGUUGCAGCUGCCACGGGUACAGAUGGACAGAUCAAGACAUCUGAUAGGGAUGAGAAGGUGAUUUGCUACAUCGUUAAUACAGCUGAAUAUUGCCAUAAAACGUCAGGUGAACUGGCUGAAAAUGUAUCAAAAAUGAUUGAUUCUCAAUUCUCAGACAAGGUUGAUAUGUCAGAUGUCCAGGAUGAAUUCUCUGCAGUAAUAACAAAAGCAUUAAUGACAUUAGUGCAUGGUUUGGAGACAAAAUUUGAUACUGAAAUGGCUGCAAUGACACGUGUUCCAUGGGGUACACUUGAGAGUGUUGGUGAUCAAUCAGAGUACGUCAAUGGCAUAAAUUCAAUCCUUACAAGCAGUAUUCCUGUGUUUGGAAGCCUUCUAUCUCUCAUCUAUUUCCAAUUUUUCUUAGACAAGCUUGCUGCAUCGCUUGGUCCUCGCUUCUACCUCAACAUUUACAAAUGCAAGCACAUAUCAGAAACUGGAGCCCAACAGAUGUUGUUGGAUACUCAGGCUGUAAAAACAAUUCUUCUAGACAUUCCUGCCCUUGGAAAGCAGACAUCAGGUGCAGCCAGCUACUCAAAAUUUGUCAGCCGUGAAAUGAGCAAAGCUGAAGCACUCUUGAAGGUCAUUUUAUCUCCAAUAGAUUCUGUGGGGGAUACAUACCGAGCACUUCUUCCUGAGGGAACACCUUUGGAGUUUCAGAGGAUUCUUGAGCUCAAGGGCCUGAAGAAAGCCGACCAGCAAAGUAUACUCGAUGAUUUCAACAAGCAUGGAUCAGGGAUCACACAACCCCCAGCUGUCCAGUCUGUUGUUCCAGCUGUCCCAGUUGCACCGACUGCUCCUGUUGCUGCAAAUUCGGCUUCAGCUGGAGUAAUUGCCUCCCGAGAAGAUGUACUCACUCGUGCAGCUGCACUUGGAAGGGGGGCUGCCACUACUGGAUUUAAAAGAUUCCUUGCCCUAACAGAAGCUGCAAAAGAUCGGAAGGACGGGCCUUUCCGAAAGCUCUUUAAUCCAUGAGAUCCAGAUUACAUUUAUAUAUAGGGUUAGUGUUGACCUGCAUUUUUUCCAAGGUUGGUUUGCAUUUCCAACCAAUGUACAUAAAGUAAUGUAUUGCUCACAUUUAUAGGAAGCUUGUUUUCCUUCUUGCUGUUUUCUUUGAUCUUUUCUUAUAAUGAAAAUAAAGAAUUUUCGUUUUUCUGUUUCGAAAACAAAUUCUGAAAAUUUAUUAUCAAGUUUCACUCUU